AUGCACACCAGCCUGCUCAAAGGUCUUCUGACCUUGAUUCCAUUAUGGGGUACUUGUUUACUAGCGUACGAGGUCAAGACUCCUCCGUUAGACACUGACUGGACUUACUCCGUCGGUACACACCCCUGGCCAGAGCACCCACGUCCGUUGCUUCAGCGUUCACACUGGCAGAGCCUGAACGGCAUUUGGAAAUGGCGGCGAGCAUCGUCCUCGACUGACCCUCCGCCGGACAGUGAGGCGGCCCAAUCUGACAUCCUGGUGCCGUCGUGCAUAGAAAGCGGACUCUCAGGCGUUAUGGAGCAGGACACGAUAUAUUCGUGGUAUUCAACCGAGUUCACCGUUCCUAAGGGAUUCGCUGAGAGGGGUCGCCGGGUGCUGUUGAAUUUUGAAGCUGUUGACCAUCAGGCUACCGUCCUCGUCAAUGGUGAUCAAGUUGGAAUUCAUGUUGGCGGCUAUUGGCAGUUCACCUUCGACAUCACUGAUCACCUUUCUUCCAACGGCACCAACCGCUUACAGGUAUUGGUCUUUGACCCUACCGAUGGUGAUGGUGCUAUGAAUCCCGUCGGCAAGCAGACCCGGAGACCGUCACAUAUCUUUUAUACUCCUUGCUCUGGAAUAUGGCAGUCCGUGUGGCUCGAGUCGGUUCCGUCCACAUAUAUCCAGCAGCUUGAUGUGACUGCGGAUAUGUCCGGCCAAGUCAACGUAACUGUUGCGAGCAAUGGGGAAUCUGACCCAGUGACUGUCUCCGUCAUUGACAGUGAGGGCAACGAGGUGGCGUCAGCGAAGGGCGUUGCCAACCAGCCGUUUGAUUUCACUGUAGAUUCUCCCGAAUUAUGGUCUCCGGACUCGCCAACUCUCUACAACCUCACAAUCAAGCUUGGGGGUGAUACCGUGUGCUCUUACACCGGCUUCAGAACCCUUUCCAUUGGCGAGAUUGAUGGAAUCAAGCGCCCGCUUCUCAAUGGCGAGUUCGUCUUUCAAUUCGGAACCCUCGAUCAGGGAUUUUGGCCUGACGGUCUUCACACGCCGCCCAACCGCGAGGCCAUGGUCUUCGAUCUCAAGGUCCUCAAGAGUCUAGGCGUCAACAUGUUGCGAAAGCACAUCAAAGUGGAGACGGCGCUCUUUUACCAGGCGUGCGAUCAGCUCGGACUGCUACUCAUUCAGGACAUGCCAUCUAUGCCUCUGCGGACGCCGAACGCGGCCCAACAGGCUGAAUGGGAACGCCAGCUUGAGAUACUCAUCAAGCAACACAGGAAUUAUCCCAGCAUUUAUACUUGGGUCAUCUAUAAUGAAGGAUGGGGCCAAAUCCAGAAUGGAUACUACCCAGAGUUCGGACUGACGGAUCGGGUCAAAGCACUGGAUCCUACCCGAUUCGUUGACGCAACGUCCGGAUGGAACGACCACGGAGCUGGUGACUGGCACGACAAUCACCACUAUGCCAACCCUCAAUGCGGCACACCGUUCUAUUCGCUUCAGUCGACGCCCUACGACCGUAACCGGAUUUCCAUCCAAGGCGAAUUCGGAGGGAUCGGGCACAACGUCUCAGAGGAGCACUUGUGGAAGGUCCAAGCAGCCAUAAACACGAUCAACCAGACCUACGAGAUAGACGAGGACCUCGACGCCUACAAUUACCGCGGUCACCUCUUGAUGUCAGAGCUGCGCGAGCAAGUCGAGAAAUACGCGUGCUCGGGGGCGGUGUGGACACAAACGACCGACGUGGAAGGCGAAGUCAACGGCUUUCUCACGUACGACCGCCGAAUACUGCGCCUGGACAGGGAGCAGUGGCGAGCGGACAUUCAGGCCCUCUACGACGCGGCAGCAACCCGCGGUGGUAAGUCAUCGAGCAAGAGGAGGGCUCCUGAGCCGUUGUAGAUGGGAUGGAAUGUUAUAUAUUCACAUGUUUAUAAGAUGUGGUGUUGUAUAUUGUUCACGGAAUAUACAAUGACAAGAGUAAUAAUGGUGACUAAUAAACCUCCCGGGGCAGUAUUAGCUCCAUGUCGUACGCUGGCGUCACCAGUUGUUUUGUGACGCUCUUACUAAAUACCCCUUUAGUAGCUUUCCCACCAUGCAACCAAAUGUAGUAUUUGGAAUGUAACAAGCCUAUAAAUAA